AUGCUGUGGAACAGAAACAUCAAGCAGCAACAAAAAUGCUGGGAAAAACCAUACCUGGAAGAAAAUACAUUGAUAAACAAACCUGGUGGUGGACACAAAGUCAAACAAGCAAUCAGGGAGAAGAAGAUGGCAUACAAGACUUGGUGGUACUCACGACUUGACACUGACCUCCAGAAAUAUCGCAACCUUAAAUCAGCAGUAAAAACAGCAGUAGCUGCAGCAAAAGAGCAGUACUACCAGACACUGUAUGACCAGCAUGACACACCAUUGGGAGAAAACAUCAUCUGCUGUCUUGCUAAGUCACAUUGCUGUUCAGCUCAGUACAUUGGACACGUCAUGCUCAUCAAUGGAGCCAAAGCCAAACUGCUAAGAGAUAAACAAUCUAUUCUCCAGAAUUGGGCAGACUACUUUCAUAACAUCAGCAACAAAGAGAUUAUGCAUCCUGAUGCUACCUUAGGACCCGUCCCUUCGAUUUCAUCUAAGGAAGUAAUGCUUGGCAUCAGCAAGAUGAAAAAUGGAAAAGCAACUGGCCCAGAUGACCUACCAGCAGAAAUCAGGAAAAUUCUCAGAAAGCCUGCUUCAGAAUUCCUUGCCUCACUCUUCAACCAAAUUUUCACCAAAAAACAACUUCCACAAACAUGGGCAACUACCAUAACAGUACCAAUCUGGAAGGAAAAGGAGAUGUGA